AUGCCUUUUCUGACUAUUUUUGGAUACGUUGAUGAUUUCUUUUAUACUAUGGAUGAGAAAAUAGAUAGAUUGAUGCACAACGCCUUCUUUCUGUUCCCUUCCUGCUAUGGGAUAAUAAUUUCAGAAGAAUGUUGUUUACGUCAGAGAAAUUGUGCUGGGGGAAGCUUAAAAAUGGAAUAUUUUUGUUUUCAAAUGAGUUCUUGCACGAAUGAGCAACGUAGAAGUUUACACUGCAAACAAAUAUUGACUUUGAAAUUAUUUCUGGGCAUUAAUCUUGUGCUAUUUGGUUAUGCCUUCAACGUUUUAAUGAUGGAAGCAAACGUUUGUGAAAAGCUUUCUCGUCAUAUUGAUGUUGAACGAUAA